AUGGUGUCGUUGAAGUUGCAAAAGCGUUUGGCUGCCAGUGUCCUCAAAUGUGGGAAGGGCAAGGUUUGGCUAGACCCAAAUGAGACCAAUGAAAUUUCCAUGGCCAAUUCAAGUAAGACUUUUCCUUUUUUUUUAAAAACUAAAAAAAUCAUAUUUUCAAAAUCGAUCUGUUUUUUUUCAUGUGUGUGUUUUUUAAUAAAAAAGCAUUGCUUUUCAAACUUUUCUUCUUAUCAUGCUGGGCAUAUAUGGAUCUAAUCAAGAAGACGAACCCUAAUUUCUCAUUGUCUGUUUUAAUCGUAUUUGUUUGCACGGAUGAUCUGGAAACAUGUGCAUGAUUAUUCAUUCCCUUUGCUCUCGUCCGACGAACAGGGCAGAACAUAAGGAAGCUCGUGAAGGAUGGGUUUGUCAUCAGGAAGCCGACGAAGAUCCACUCCCGUUCUCGGGCCCGGCGAGCCAUGGAGGCGAAGAGGAAGGGGAGGCACUCCGGGUACGGUAAGAGGAAGGGUACCAGGGAGGCGAGGCUCCCCACGAAGAUCCUUUGGAUGAGAAGGAUGAGGGUCCUGCGACGGCUGCUUCGCAAGUACCGGGAGUCGAAGAAGAUCGACAAGCACAUGUACCACGACAUGUACAUGAAGGUGAAGGGUAACGUCUUCAAGAAUAAGCGGGUGCUGAUGGAGAGCAUUCACAAGUCCAAGGCGGAGAAGGCCAGGGAGAAGACCCUGUCUGAUCAGUUCGAGGCAAAGAGGGCGAAGAGCAAGGCUAGCAGGGAGAGGAAGAUCGCUCGAAGGGAAGAGCGUCUGGCCCAGGUACGUCUCUCUCCUCCCCUCCCCCAUCUACCACCCCAGUGCUGCUCUGUGUUGUUGUUCUACGACUUACCGGGGAUGAGCUCAACAGGGCCCCGGGGAGAAGCCAUCGGCUCCUGCGUCUGCGCCGGAAUCAGCCGCGCCUCCUCAGACUGCCGGGUAAGCUAGCUGGGCUCGAUUCCUUUCCUUUUUUAGGUAUGACUGAAUCUGGGUUAAUACUUUUUCUGGUAAGCAGGGCUGGGAAGAAGGGAAAGAAGUAG